AUGCCUUCGCUGUGGAAACGGAUAACGUUCUCGGUGGCUUCGGUGCUGUGCGUCGGCUCGGUGGCGCUCCUGGUCGUGGCCCUGUCCACGGAGCGGUGGGUCACCGGACGGCUCCUGUGUAAAACCGGAGCUGAGAUUGUGAACGCGUCCCAUCCGGAGAUGGAGCAGUUCAUCGGGGACAUUUACUACGGCUUGUUCCAGGGUGGGAAGAUCAAGAGGUGCGGACUCGGCAAUAGACGCUCCAAAAUAUACAUUUUCCCAAACCUUGUGCGGAAGUUGAAUGGCGGCCUUCACAUGAUGGUGAUCCUCUUCCUGCUGGUGGCUGUGGGGUUUGCACUGGUCAGUCUGUCUUUCUGCAUUUACAACGCACGCAAAGUUCCCUACCAGAGCAUCAAAGGGCACAAAGGACUCUACCUAUGGAACUUCAUUGCUGCUUUCUUCGGUGCUCUGGGCACGCUGUGUUUCCUGGCAGCCGUGAGGCACCACAGUCUGACCGAGCGGGUGGCUAAUCAUCAGGAGAACCUCUUUGUGCUGGUUGUCCUGGAUGACAACCUGGACUGGUCCUUCUGGCUGGGUGUAGGCAGCAUUGCCACUCACUUUGCUGUCUGUGGAGUGGUUGCCAUGAGCCGGAUCAAACUGCCCAAAACGGAGAUCAAGAAACCUGAAGAACCAACCAUUGCUGCUCUGGACCUGCUCUACUGAAGGACCAACCAAGGAGCUUUUACAUCACUCAUGGUUGACUGGAACCAACCACAGUAACUGACAGCAAAGUGAAACCAACACUGUGCCAGAUCCCCUUAAGUCUUGAUACUGUAACCUACAUGAGUGCAAAGCACUUGUUUGUGCUGGAUAUAUUCUGUCUAUAGCUUCACUAUGUAAAUACAUCAUUAUUUUCUCAUUUUAUGUAUAGAAUGCAAUUAACGGAUCUGUUAUUCUUUUGAGGCUCUUCCUUUAUUAGAUAGUGGCAGUGGAUAGACAGGAAAGCAGGGUAGAGAGAGUUAGAGAUGAGAUGACACGAAGCUAGGGGCAGCAGGUCGGAUUCAAACCCUGACCGUUGCAAAGGACUCAGCCUACAUGGGCCGCACACUCUACCGGGUGAGCUUGAGGUCGCCCCCGGAUCUGUUGUUCUAGCCCCUUCAUGAGGGAUUUUUUUCACAGUAAUUAUUCUUGAUCCCUGAUAGAAAGUGCA